GAAAACACUACCGCCGCCUUCCUGUCUCGUAUACACUACAUCCUUUCUCGCGCGCUCUCUCUCUCUCUCUCUCUGUCUCUCUCACACACACACACACUCUGUUCGACGCUACUCUGCAAUUCGCAAACUCUCUUUCUCACGCACUCGCCGAUCUUACCUUUCUCUCUCUCAGAGACUCACGCAUUCGCCGAUCUGGCCAUGGCUUUGAAUGAUUAUGAGCAUGUCAGUUCGAACAAAACCUUUAAAUGUUACCUAUGCCCCAAGAAGUUUGAGAAAGUCUCUGCUAUCGAUAGCCACAAUCGGCAGUGUCAUAGGAGAUUGAAGCAGAAUUGCCCGAUAUGUCGUACCGUGUUCCUCAAUAAUGCCCUUGUAGCCGCUCAUCAGGCAGCAGUUGCACCACCACCUCCUCCUCCUCCUCAAUAGAUAGAUCAGUACUCAGUAGUUUUAGGGUGUCGUAGUUUUUUUUUUUCUUUUCUAUUUUUCCCCUUUCCGUUGUCGUAGAAUCUUUAGGUUUCAUUUAGGGGUGAUAAUCUAGGGGUUUUUUUUGCCGCUUUGUGUUAAGAGCUGUUGGAUUAGCAUGACGAGAGGAUGUCUUUGUUUUUGGCUUACUAGCGAGAUUCUUCUUAGUGAUUCCGGAUGUGAACCUGUGAAGCAUUUUCUUCUUUACCCUCGCCCGGCACGAAAUGAUAACGAGUUUUUGCUGGUCACUGCCUCCGGUAAGGUUGGAGGUUGGAAAGUAUCUGAUAAACUGCUAAAGAUUACUGGGAACCUGGCUUUCACUUUAGGUGUUAUGUUAUCCUGUCUGAGGCUUUAUGCCUUUCUAGGAGAUGAAUUCGAUGGACUUCUGGGAAGGAGCAAGCUCAUGCAUCCUUACCAGGAGUGGAUUGACAAUUAUAAUUCGGAAGGUUUUCAGGCUUCUGCACUGCAAAUGGAAGAAGUGCUUGAUAAACUGUUUAUCUGUCUUUCUUUUGAAGAGGCAUCUGGUCAAAUUGCUAGGAUGGAGUACAAUGAAGAGUAUGAACUGUGUUUGUUGAGCCUCUUGGUUUUUGUUAAAGCUGCUGAAUUUUCAUCUGAAUGUGUGCAAAAAUCUCUCGUGCAACUGUCUGGUUUUGAAAAAUGGCCAAAUCUGAGGGUCAUUAGAUCUGAAAUGGUGGUGAGAAUACAAAAAAGGGUGCUGGGGAGCAUACUGUUAUUGUGCUGAUCUUAUUAGGUUGCUGUUCUCUGCAGGCAGCAUACUCAUGCGCUUGACUUCUGAAGAGGCGUAGACUACAGAAAGAAUGACUUGUUUUGCUUGUUCAAACCGGAUGACAGGAUUUUGGUUGGUUCGAUGAUUAGGAUUAAUGUGGGAAUAUGUUAUCUGAGUAGAAGAAGGUAUCUUGUUUCUUGGGUAGUGAAGGAAACUUGGAACAGUAUGGAAGGGGCUUUCAGGCAUUUUUUUUUACAGUGUCUAGUUGGAUAGAGACAUAUGAUUUCAUGUUUUGGGCAGUAGCACAAUUUUUCUGGACAUAUGAUAUAUACUGGAUAUUUCUCAAACGUUUAUAUGACGUAAUUGACAGGUUGGUGGCUGGUUUUAUUAUGUUAGGGCCACGUUUUAGCAGAUAGUAUUAGUUAGCUGGCUGCUGGUAUAUGUAAAUGUGACAGUGAUACUGAUACCCUUGCCUCAUUUAAAUUCUACGAUGUCAUUCAUUCGUU